AUGAACCUGGUCCUGCUGGCCCUCCGGCUCACAUGCCUGGCCUGCCUGUGGCCGGUCACCCUCCUCAACAGCAGCCGACGCAGGCACAAAGACGUCUACCUGGGCGAGAACACCAGGCAAAAACACGGAGGGCGAAUAGACUUCAGGAUGAAGAAGUCCGACACCACAAAAUCCCUUCUCAUCAAAUCGGAGCAGCUCCUCCGUAUUGAGGAUCAUGACUUCGCCAUGAGGCCAGGGUUCGGAGGCUCAGCCAUUCCAGUGGGCAUUGAUGUACAGGUGGAGAGCAUUGACAGCAUCUCCGAGGUCAACAUGGACUUCACCAUGACCUUGUACCUCCGUCACUACUGGCAAGACGACCGGCUAGCGUUCCCCUCCAGCAAUAACAAGAGCCGGACUUUCGACGCCCGUCUGGUGAAGAAGAUCUGGGUGCCCGACGUUUUCUUCGUCCACUCGAAGCGCUCUUUCAUCCACGACACGACCAUGGAGAACAUCAUGCUGAGGGUCUAUCCCGAUGGAAAUAUUCUCUACAGUGUCAGAGUCACGGUGACCGCUCUCUGCUCCAUGGACUUCAGCAGCUUUCCACUGGACACACAGAACUGUUCUCUGGAGCUGGAGAGCUAUGCGUACAACGAGAACGACCUCAUGCUCUACUGGAAGAACGGGAACGAUUCAUUAAGGACUGACGAGAUUGUGCUCUCGCAGUUUUUUAUUGAAGAAUUCCAGCCUUCCUACGGGCUAGCCUUCUACAGCAGCACGGGCUGGUAUAACAGGCUUUACAUAAACUUCAUCCUCAGAAGACACAUCUUCUUCUUCAUGCUCCAAACUUAUUUUCCCACCAUGCUGAUGGUUAUGCUAUCCUGGGUGUCAUUUUGGAUUGACAGGAGAGCUGUCCCCGCCCGCGUCUCAUUAGGUAUAACCACAGUGCUGACUAUGUCCACUAUUAUUACGGGCGUGUCUGCCUCCAUGCCCCAGGUGUCUUAUGUCAAGGCAGUAGACAUUUAUCUCUGGGCCAGCUUCCUCUUCGUCUUCCUGUCUGUCAUCGAGUACGCUGCCGUCAACUACUUCACCACCGUGGAAGAGAUGAAGAAACUCAAGAGGGGAAAGAUUCCCACCACCUUUAACGCAAGUCAGGCAAUGGCAUUCGACGGCUGUUUCCACGACAACGAGAUCGACCUCACACCUUUCCCGGAGCUCCCGACCACUCCCAGCACGGAACGAGCCGCACCUCCAAGGAGUCCCGCCAACGAGCCACCUCCCACGGAAGGCACGCGGCUCUGGAGGAGGCGUUCGGUCCGCUACAAUAUCAACUACAUCAUGAGCAACAGCUACAUGAUCGACUCUUACUCCCGAAUAAUUUUCCCCGUGGCCUACCUCCUAUUCAACAUCAUAUACUGGUCUUUGUAUUCCUGA